UUGAUCCAGAGCUUCAGCGCAGAGGGAUCGAAUCCCCGGGCAGCCUGUUCCCUCAUUUCCUCUCUUCUUUGCUUUCUCCCUUCCCCCCUUUCCCCUCCCCAAAUUCCCCCCUCCCCACCCCAUCCUAGGGGGUCUGGACCCCUUCACCCUCUCAACUAUAACUCUCUCUAUAUAAAAAAAUACCUCUUUUAUUGCAAUCUAAGCCUUGUCCAGCCAGUAGCAUUUAACAAGAGAGGGGGGGGAAAUCUCAUCUCAACCGCCUCUCUUCGUUUUUCCCCCCCUCCUUCUUUCUCACGGUUUGCUCUAAGAUGAUGGCCCCGAUGCAACAGAAUGGGACUCACAUUGACCUCGACCCCCCCGAUUCCAGGAAAAGACCUUUGGAAGCGCCUAUCGAUGCCGGGAGCACCAAGCGGACAAACACAGGAGAGGAAGGUGAAUUCUUCCUGAAGGUUUUGAUCCCGAGUUAUGCUGCUGGAUCGAUAAUCGGAAAAGGAGGCCAAACCAUCGUCCAGUUGCAGAAGGAGACCAGCGCUACGAUCAAACUCUCCAAGUCCAAAGACUUCUACCCCGGCACCACAGAGCGGGUAUGUCUGAUCCAGGGGACGGUGGAGGCGCUGAACGCAGUGCACGACUUCAUCGCCGAGAAGGUCCGAGAAAUGCCCCAGAAUGUGGGCAAGACUGAGCCAGUCAACAUUCUGCAACCUCAGACCAACGUGAACCCAGACCGCAUCAAGCAGGCGAAGCUGAUCGUGCCCAACAGCACGGCGGGCCUAAUCAUCGGCAAAGGUGGCGCGACGGUGAAGGCGGUGAUGGAGCAGUCCGGGGCCUGGGUGCAGCUCUCGCAGAAACCCGAGGGCAUCAACCUGCAGGAGCGGGUGGUGACGGUGAGCGGCGAGGCCGAGCAGAACCGCAAGGCAGUCGAGCUGAUCGUGCAGAAGAUCCAGGAGGACCCGCAGAGCGGCAGCUGCCUCAACAUCAGCUACGCCAACAUCUCGGGCCCGGUGGCGAACUCCAACCCCACCGGCUCGCCGUACGCCAACUCCGCCGAGGUGCUGCCAGCGGCGGCGGCGGCGGCGGCAGCAGCGGCGGCCUCAGCGGCGGGCCUGCUGGGCCACGCCAACCUGGCGGGGGUGGCGGGCUUCGCGGGAGGAGGAGGAGGCGGCGGCGGCGGAGGCGGCGGCGGAGGAGGCGGAGGCCUUUCGGGCUUCACCGGCAACGACCUGCUGGCCAUCAGCUCGGCCCUGAACACGCUGGCGAGCUACGGCUACAACACCAACUCGCUGGGCCUGGGCCUCAACCCGGCCACCGCCACCGGGGUCCUGGCGGCGGUGGCGGCCAGCGCCAACCCGGCCGCCGCCGCCGCUGCCAACCUGCUGGCCUCCUACGCCAACGAGGCCUCGGCGGCGGGAGGUGGAGGAGGAGGCGGCGGAGGAGGCGGCAACCCCGGCAAUGCGGUGGGUACCUUCUCGCUGGGCUCCCUGGCAGCCGCCACCAACGGCUACUUCGGCGCGGCAGCGGCGGCGGCGGCGUCCCCGCUGGCGGCCGGCUCCAUCUUGGCCGCCGAGAAGCUGGGCGACGCCUCCAAGGACGUGGUGGAGAUCGCGGUGCCCGAGAACCUGGUGGGCGCCAUCUUGGGCAAAGGCGGGAAGACGCUGGUCGAGUACCAGGAGUUGACUGGCGCCCGCAUUCAGAUCUCCAAAAAGGGCGAGUUUAUCCCCGGCACCAGGAACCGCAAGGUGACCAUCACCGGUACCGCGGCCGCCACCCAGGCCGCGCAGUAUUUAAUCAGCCAGAGGAUCACCUACGAGCAAGGGGUCCGAGCCGCCAACCUCCAGAAGGUCGGUUAGUUUACAACAACAACCGCCAACCGCCACCACCAACAACGUCAACAACAACAACAACAAACCAAACGAGGUGCCGAAACAGAAAGACAGGUUUCCGUUUUUCUUUUCUAAGAACUGAAAGGGGCUUAUAUAA